AUGACCUUCCGAGAGAAACAGUUCCUCAUUAUCUUGGUCUAUUCUGAGAUCCCAGAAGCAGAAGUUAUUAGAACAACGGCUUUUAGCUUCACUGAUCACCGGGGCGUGAUCACGAUGGCCGCACCAAGUCCACCAUGGUAUCACUUGAACAUCAGCCGAGCCAAAGCCGAGGAACUGCUUGCUAAAGCUGGAAUGGAUGGGAGUUUCCUGGUGAGAGGCAGUGAAUCAGUGGUCGGAGCAUAUGCACUUUGCCUGUUAUAUCAGAAGCAAGUUUAUACAUAUCGAAUCUUACAGGAUGAGGAAGGAUUUCUGGCUGUCCAGACAGAGAAAGGAGUUCCCGUGAAGAAGUUCUCAUGCCUCAUAGAUCUGAUGUUAAACUAUCAGCAACCAUACCAAGGACUGGUGACACCACUGCAGUAUCCCGUGGAGAGGGAAAACGAGAAAGAAAUCAUGGAUGAUUUGUCAGACGGUGAAGAUGAGAAACCAGCCCUGCCCCCUCGUCCAUUCAGUGCUUCCAUCAGCACUUCUACAGAGACAAGAAAUACCUUAGUUCAACAAAUACAGGAACAUUUGCAGGAGGGAUCUGUGAAAAGUGAUCAUGCUACCUUGGUGAAUGACUACUUGAAGAACAAUCUUCAGAAGGAUUUUGAUGCUAUUAGUUGUGGAACCACAUCUCUGUUGCAUCUCAACAAGAGCCUCGUGAAGUUGUGCAAAGACCUAGACAGGGAAAUGGACCUGGUGACGAACAACCUUGAGAUGUUAGUGCAUUUAUUCAGUGUCAAUACUCUCAGCAACCCACCCAAGAAAGAGGAACCUCUCAGUCCGAGCAGUUCCAAUGAGCUUGAAGUCAUCGUUAACAAGAUUAAAAAUCUGGGCAAUUUGCUGUCCUGUGCAGAAGAACGGGUUGUGAAGGGACUGCAACACAUGGCAAUCACACAGAAGGUGGAAUUACCAGCUCUCUUCACAUCGUCUGAAAGCACUGGACGUAAUUCAUCGAAACCAAUCCCAAUACAGAGCUUCGAGGUAAAAUUGGGCAAGACUCAGAAAUAUACGUUGAGUGUUGAUGUGGACGGAGGCAAGCUCCAGAUCUCAAAGAAAGCCACUGGUUCUCCUGAGGAAUCCAUCUCAUAUGACAAAAUUUUGCAGCUGGUUAAAUAUCAGAGCACACCGAACACAUUACAGAUUGUGACCGACAAAGAAAACCAAAAAAAUCAGCAGAGGGACUUCAUCUUUGAAAAUGCACGAAAGCGAGAGGCGUUCUGUCAGUUGCUGCAGCUGAUGAAGAACAUCCAUUCUCAGCAGGAUGAGCCCGACAUGAUCUCUAUCUUCAUUGGAAGCUGGAACGUGGGUGCCGCUCAUCCUCCGAAAAGCCUUGCUUCCUGGCUUAUGUCCAAGGGUCUCGGACGCACACGAGAUGAAACCACAGCCACUAUCGCUCACGAUAUCUAUGUCUUUGGCACCCAGGAGAACUCUCUUGGUGACAAGGAGUGGGUGGAUUUCCUGCGGGCUGGGAUAAAAGAUGUGACAGAACAGGACUUCAAAGUGGUAGCCACACACUCACUGUGGAGCAUAAAAAUCGCAGUGCUGAUUAAAGCAGACCACGAGAACCGAGUCAGUCAAGUCAACGUAUCCAGUGUGAAAACUGGAAUAGCAAAUACAUUUGGGAAUAAGGGAGCAGUUGGUGUUUCAUUCCUCUUCAAUGGGACCUCCCUGGGUUUUGUCAACUGCCACUUGACAUCCGGCAGUGAAAAAGUGGUCAGGCGAAACCAGAACUACUUGGACAUUCUCCGAUUGUUAUCACUUGGAGAUAAACAACUCAGUUCCUUUGACAUUGCCCUACGUUUCACUCACAUCUUCUGGUUUGGUGACCUAAACUAUCGACUUGAUAUGGACAUCCAGGAUAUUUUGAAUUACAUCAACAAAAAGGAAUUUGAAGCAAUUCUGACUGUUGACCAACUGAACUUAGAACAAGAGAAAAGUAAAGUGUUCCUGAACUUCAAUGAGGAGGAGAUCACUUUCCCUCCCACCUAUCGAUAUGAACGGAACACCCGUGACAUUUACUCAUGGCAGAAGCACAAAACCACUGGGAUAAGGAUAAAUGUUCCAUCUUGGUGUGAUAGAGUCUUGUGGAAAUCCUAUCCAGAGACGUAUAAUCAGUGUACGUCAUAUGGCUGCACAGAUGACAUCAUGACCAGUGACCAUUCACCUGUUUUUUCAACUUUCGAAAUUGGAGUCACUUCCCAGUUUGUGUCAAAAAAAGGCCCUGGUAACAAUUCUGGACAAGCCUGUAUUGAGUUUGAAAUUAUUGAGGUCAUCCUGAAGACAACUUGCAAAACAAAGUUUUUCAUUGAAUUCCAUUCAAGUUGUUUAGAAGAAUUUAAGAAAAGUUUGGAUAAUGGUACACAGCUCUGCAUUCAACAUGGAUUCUUGAGAAUUGAAUGGUCUGCACAUCAGUUGCCAAUGUUGUCUCCAAUUCUGUCUGAGAUUGAGUAUCUACAAGAUCAGCAUCUGCUAUUGACCAUAAAAUCCACAGAUGGAUAUGAAUCCUAUGGAGAGUGCUGUAUUGCACUGAAGUCUUUGAUAGGAAGCACGCCACAGAUGUUUGAGACGGGACUAUCUCACCUGGGAGAUGAGUCAGGAUCUAUCCGGGUGACGAUGAGGGUUGUUGUUCCCGCGGAGCGUAAACGGACUCGGGAGCGUCUCUAUGAGUGGAUCAGUUCCGAAAGGGAUGGGAGCAAAACUUCAAAAGAUGCCGCUCAAGUGUCUAAAACGAUGCAGGAAUUCACUGGGAGAAGCAGUGGGAAAAAUGCAGGCCAGAGCUCAGCGUUCUCUGAAGAUGUCAGUGCCAUGUUUUCCAAUUGCCCCGAUGAUCAAGGGACGCCUGCCCCAGGAAGUAAAGGGAAAGGAAGUGAAGAGGUCGUUCAGCCAAGGCUGAAACCAACUUGCACAGCCGAUGAUGAUCCUCAUGCAAACAGCUUCAACAACCCGGCCUAUUUUGUACUCGAGGGACUCUCUUACUCCCACACUGGAACGGGCUGUCAGGAAAAUCCAGGGAACCCGGUGUCGAAACCUAUCCCAAGGAAUAAAACGCACCCUCUUCCUCCAACGCCAAUGGAGAAGCCUAAGGAGUACUCACUCCGACAUCUAAUCAACGAAGGUGCUUCCUCUGAGCAUGAAGGCCCUUAUGAUCAAAACCAACACAUGUUCCACAAAAUGAUGGAGGUGGAAAUGCAGAACAAUCCCCUCUAUGCCAGUUCUGAAGACGUGUGGAGUAAAUCAGCCCAAGCUGCCACGGUCAAGGUGGGGCAAGAGAGGCUGAAGAACACGGCACCAGUUAGGGACCUCAUUGACUUCAAAUCUCGCACGGCAGGCCCGAGAAUCAAGCCCCCAGUGGCGGCGAAGAACAUGCCACAGGCUUCCCUGAUCAGCGAGGUCAGAGACAAGAUCAGCGACAGGAGGUCAGAGGAACAUUCUGUGGGCCCCACGGCAAAGUCAUUGAGUGAUAAGGACCGGCAGACCAACAGAAGCGAGCUACCCAUUCCAGUUCGUGAACGUCCGGCCAAAAGCCCCCGACUGCCGGCGAGAAACAAAGCGCCCGAGGUUCAACCUCGACCCGUACGGGCUGAUCACGGGCACCUGAAUGUACCUCCACCACUGCCCGUCAAGAGCAGGACCAUGGAGUUUGGGACUUCUGAGAACCGAAACAGUUCUUGUAUCAUCUCAGAUUUUCUGAACCACUUGGGCUUGGAGAAGUAUGAAACUGGUCUGAUUGAGAAUGGAUGGGAUAACUUGGAAUUCUGGAGCGAUAUCACCGAUGAUGAUCUACGAGAAGCGGGUGUUACUGAUGCCACUCACAGGAAGACCCUACUGGAACAAACAUCACAAAACAAGCUUUGAAGAUGGUGCAGUGAUGAAGGAAGGGGACCACCGGUUACAUUUUGUUGACUAUUACAUUUUGUUUUGGAACAAACAAAAAAAAACAUUUGAUGAUAUAUUGAACCAGACCACAUCUUAAUUGUUCUUUAAGAUGGUUGGGAGGAACUGAGUGUCUAUAAGUGAAUGGAAGUUGUUGUAUAUAAAUCCAGCAGGGGAUGUCCUGGCAAAAUAGCAAUGCAUUUGCCAAUUUAGUGCUGGAUAGGGAAGAUCCUCUCCUUGAUAUUUCCUGCCCCAAUGAUAUCUGGAAGCUGACCCAGGAUUGGGAGAAGGGAUUGUCUAAACUGGGAACCACACUCUUGAGAAUCAGUGGAGGUUGGCAUGUCGUAGAGGUGAAAGUGCAGGACAUUUGCACCCCUCAUGGGUGCAGUAAUAAUUCUGCAAAUAACCAUGACUCCUAAAGGCCGUGUUUAGAAAUUAAGAGUUCCCAUUCUUCACAAGCUAAACAGCAAGUUGUACAACAAGAAAUUCCUGCUUAGAAGUAUAAGACCUAUCAGAUAACCACAGGUAUUCAGAAUGUAUGCGUUGCCGGUGGAAAUAUGGGGACCAACACCGAUUUAAACCUUCCUGUGCAGAAAUGAGCAUCACAAACCAGGCAUCUCUCCAUAGUCUCAGAAGGGACCACUAAG